AUGCCACCAAAUGCGGACCCGACCAAGGCUAAUGGCCACAUCGACGCAGCGAGCGAGACUACCCCUCUGCUAGCAGCACCUGAACAUGUCGACACUACCAACGUCCAGAAGGACUCCAUCCCUAAUGGCCACCAGGACCACCCCAGCGACCUCCAAGCGGAUGGAGAGCAAGAAGAAGAACCAAAACCAAUGCCCUACACCCAAAUCCUCCUCCUCUGCUUCUGCUCCCUCUCGGAACCCGUCGCCUACUUCUCCAUCUUCCCCUUCAUCAACGAAAUGCUCUCCCGCACCGGCGGCGUCCCCGCCUCCAGCGUCGGCUUCUACUCUGGUCUAAUCGAAUCCCUCUUCUCGCUGGUCCAAAUGGUCCUCAUGAUCUUCUACGGCCGCGCAGCAGACCGCUUAGGCAGGAAACCGGUGCUGGUGUUCAGUUUGACGGGCGUGGCGUUCGCGACGGCCGGGUUCGGGAUGGCGGGGAGUUUGGUGCAGAUGGUGGUGUUGCGGUGUACGGCGGGGGUGUUUGCGGGGAGUGUGGUGACGGUGAGGACGAUGAUUAGUGAGCAGACGACCAAGGAGACGCAGGGACGGGCGUUUAGUUGGUAUAUGUUUGUGCGGAACGUUGGGAUUUUCGUGGGGCCGUUGAUCGGCGGCGGUCUGGCGAACCCAGCAGAAGUCUUCCCUUCCGUUUUUGGCCACAUCCGUUUCUUCCAGGACUACCCAUACGCCCUCGCCACCUUCACCGCCGGCGCCGUCGUUCUCCUUCCCGCCCUCAUAAGCUUCUUCAUCAUCGAAGAGACUCUCAAGCGCAAACUUCCUAACGAACAAUCCGCUCCCGCCCCUCCCCUCUCAACCUGGGAAGUCCUCAAAUCUCCCGGCGUACCUACAGUCCUCUACAUCUUCGGACACAUCAUGCUCCUCUCGCUCUCAUACACAGCCGUCAGCCCCGUCUUCAUGUUCACUCCAAUUUCUCUCGGCGGCCUCUCCCUCACCGACCAACAAAUCGCCCUCCUCAUCGCCCUCGCCGGCGCCUCCCAAGCCGCCUGGAUGCUCGUCGCUUUCCCCCCCUUACAACGAAACCUCGGAACCGGCCGGGUCCUCCGCGGCUGCGCAGCGGGGCUGCCGGUGUUUAUGGCGCUGUAUCCCGUGCUGAACGAGAUGCGACGCGCCGGGUGGGGAGCGGGGUUUUGGGUGGCGGCGGUGGGGGGCAUGGUGGUGGGGAGUGGGGUUGCGAUGGCGUUUGCUGCUAUCCAACUCUGCAUAAACGACAUCGCCCCCUCCUCCUCCGUCCUCGCCACCCUCAACGCCCUCGCUCUGACGAUCAACAGCGGCGUCCGCGCUUUCGCGCCGGUCGUUGGCACGAGUAUCUUCGCCAGCGGCAUCAAAUGGGGGUUCGCGGACGGGCAUCUCGCGUGGCUUGUGUUGAUCGCGUGGGGGUUGGUGUUGAAUGUCGUGUGCUGGUACUUGCCUGAAGCUGCUGAGGGGCGGCCGAAGCCGAGAGCAAAAGCUGGGGAUGAAGAUAGGGGGACGUAG